AUGCCACGUCCAUUUGGUGCUUGGGCUCCCGCCACAACCCUCGCAGAGUUCCGCUCUCGAGUGCCAAACAUGAGUUCCUUCUCAUUCCGCUCCGUUCUGAAUGUACGCCGGGAGGUUUAUUAUCAUCCAGAGGCCCUCGCCCACUUUAAAGAUCCCCAACAAUAUAAAGAUGCCGUGGACACCGUUGUCGCUAUGCGAGUCUCGGAUAAAUUCUUUGGUGAGGGAAAUAAACUGCCACGCUAUGCGGCGAUUAAAGUGGCAGGCGCAUUGGCGGUGCUUGGCAGUGCCAUCUUCUCUGUUCUCCGCUAUUACUAUUGUGUCUACACACCGGCGAAUAACCCGACCUGGCGUAAGGUGGUGAAUAAGGAGUGGGAGGAGGCCAUUAACAACUCCCCGUGGGAUCACAUGUCCCACGUCUGGCAGUACAGUGAUCAGUACGCCACAGUAAUUGGUGAGGCCUCCUCCUCUGGCAGACACAAGUUCUACAUUCCGGCUUAA